AUGGCUUCUGCCGCCACCACCAGUGUAGAUGACGCUACGCGCCAUCUGGAGAAGCUGGAUUUCCACCAUCCAUACACUCCAUACGCUGUCCAAGAACAGUUUAUGAGGACUGUAUAUGACGUUUUAGACAAGGGUGAAGGUCAAGUUGGUAUCUUGGAAAGCCCAACAGGCACUGGUAAAUCCCUUUCAUUAAUCUGCGCCUCACUUACCUGGCUUCGAAACUUCAAGUCCAACAAACUUGAGGUAUCGAUGCAAAAUGCGGGAGAUGCUUAUAAAGACGAACCGGCGUGGCUCGUCGACCAACUACUACGGCGAAAACGCGAGGAGCUGGUUCAGAGGUGGGAAGAUCGUGAGAAGCGUCUCGAAGCCAUCCGGUUAAAGGAAAAAGCACUUGAAGACCGGGGCCGUAAGCGCCGCCGCCUCGAGGAAGCAAUCACUCCUGGUGAUGGCAAUGACAUGGAUGCUGAUGAGGCCGAAUGGCUACUAGAUGACUGGGGGGAUCGCGACACAGGUGUCCAAGAUGCCCUGUCCGGCUUAAGUAAAGAGUCGCGUGAGGUGUUAGAGCGCAUCGGCCUUGGUGCUCCUCGAAAGAGAGAAGAGGACAAUGAUAUUCUAGAAGAAGAGAUCAAGAUCUAUUAUACAUCUAGAACACACUCGCAACUGUCGCAAUUCAUUACGGAACUGCGCCGCCCAAAGUUUCCUUCAUCACUGCCGACUUCUCUCGCAGAGAAAAAGUCGUCUGUCGAAGAGACGGUCAAACUACUCCCGCUGUCUUCUCGACAAAGGUUGUGUAUCAACCCGUCCGUCGCGCGACUCGGAUCAGUGCAGGCCAUCAAUGAUCGCUGUGCUGAGCUCCAGCAGUCGAAGUCUGCCAAGAAAUGCCCGUAUGUUCCAAAAGAGGAGCUCCUGAGCCAAACACAUCACUUUCGCGAUUCGGCUUUGGCUACUGUCCCGGACAUUGAAGAUUUGCAUCAGCUUGGCAAGUCUUUGGCCGUGUGUCCAUACUAUGCAUCCCGGUCGGCACUACCUGGUGCGGAAAUCAUCACUCUGCCAUAUCCCCUCCUGCUUCAAAGAAGUGCCCGGGAGGCGCUGGGGAUCAAGUUGGAGGGGAAUGUUGUCAUCAUUGAUGAGGCACACAAUGUGAUGGAUGCCGUUGCUAAUGUACAUGCUGCAGAGAUCAAACUCAGUGACCUUCACAAAGGGCGAGGGAUGCUAGGAAUUUAUGUGAAGCGGUUUGGCAAGAAGCUCAAAGGUGUCAACCGUGUUAAUGUGGGAAGAGUCGGGCGAGUGAUUGAUGGCUUGACCGAGUGGAUGAAUGGGGCAAAAGGCUUCAAGCAGCAGCACGGAAUCGUGGACGCAAACGACUUGACUCGACCGAAGGGCAUCGACCAGAUCAACAUGUUUGAGCUUAUUCAGUACAUCCAAGAGUCCAAACUGGCAUACAAGAUUGAGAGCUACGCAGCACAUGUCGAGAGCGAAAACGACUCGGGCAAGCCGGGGACGAAGUCGAGCACACCAGUCCUGCAUACUCUGGUCUCGUUCCUUGUAGCCCUUACAAACCCGAGCUCCGAGGGCCGAAUAUUCUACCAGAAGACCAGUGGACCGGUCCAAGACGUUCAGCUUUCGUACCUGUUGCUCUCUCCAACGCAUGCAUUCUCAUCUAUUGUGUCCAGCGCGCGCGCGGUCAUACUGGCAGGAGGCACCAUGUCGCCCUUCGACGACUACAAGAACCAUCUUUUCCCAGCGCUCGCUGACCCCAAAGUAACCACCUUGAGCUGCGGACAUGUAAUACCACGCGAAAACCUGUGUGUCUGGACGUUAACGGGGACUCGUCCAGGUGGCUCAAGCUUUGAAUUCAGCUACCAGCGUCGAGGGGACGAGGAAAUGGUCAAGGAGCUGGGCCUGGCAAUACUGAAUAUCUGCUCAGUUGUCCCCGACGGCGUCGUGGUCUUCUUCCCAAGCUACGGAUAUCUUGAAGAAGUCGUCGCAGCGUGGAGUCGACGAGCCUCGGGAGACAAGAACCCCCAAACAACCAUUUGGGACCGUUUGCAAACUCGAAAAAAGGUUUUUCGCGAAACAAAAGGCUGCUCCAGCGACGAGGUCCUCCAAGAGUAUUCGCAAGUGAUCCUCGGGAAUGGGGGAAGCACCACGGGUCCGGUGAAAGGCAAAGGCGGCGCACUCCUCCUCAGUGUUGUGGGAGGGAAAAUGUCCGAAGGCAUCAACUUCUCGGAUCGCUUGGGCCGAUGCGUCAUGGUCGUCGGCCUGCCAUACCCGAAUAUUGCAUCGCCGGAGUGGAAAGCCAAGAUGGACUAUAUUGAAUCGACUACGCUGGCAAAUCUACAAGACGGUAGGCGUGACGCUGGCUCCAAGCUAACCAAGGAUGAAGCUGCGGCACGAGCUAAGCAGGCCGCGAGAGACUUCUACGAAAACGCGUGUAUGCGGGCCGUCAACCAGAGUAUUGGCCGCGCGAUUCGUCACAAAGGCGACUAUGCGGCGAUUGUACUGGUCGAUAGGAGGUAUGCCACCGAACGAAUCCAGGGCAAACUGCCAGGAUGGAUUCGAAGUGGGAUGGAUGCGCGUGGUAGUGGCGGCGAUGGGAAGGCUUCGAUGAAUAUGCUGGGGGGCUUGAUGGGGAGUUUGGGGGGGUUUUUUCGGGAUAAGCAGCGGGAGUAA